CACAGGAGAGCAGAGUGUGGAGAAAGAACAGCUGAGCUGACGACCGUAUGGCAAGGCGGGCUCCCUAAGAUUCUAUAUUCAACUGAGAUUGUUUUGCUGCUGUUUGCUGUUUUUGCCUUGCUUUGUUUUUUAAAGUUUCAAAGGAUAGGCAAGUGACAUUCAUCUUGGCACCACCAUCUGCAACCAUGCUUCACUCUCCACUGAAAACCGCACUGGCAUAUGAGUGCUUCCAAGAUCAGGCCAAUUCAACUUUAGCUUUGCCUUCAGAUCACAAGUUGAAAACAAGAGGGACAGGAAAACAAAGGGUCCAGGAACAGGUGAUGAUGACUGUGAAGCGGCAGAAGCAAAAGUCCUCCCUUUCAUCAGCAUCAAAUGCGGCAGGUCACUCCAACCGAGGUUCCAUAUAUGAUGGUCUGUCCGAGGGCUAUAACUAUGGAACAGCCCGUGGUAGCUACUAUGCCAAAGCCCACACAGGAACAAAUAACUGGGGCCAUACGUUGUAUAAUGGAACUCUCAAAAGAAAUGCAGCUGAGAACAAACGCUACAGUUCCUACAGCCAAAUGGACAGUUGGGGUAACAGGCAUUAUAACAAGAUCUGCAGUCCUACACAUCCUGGCAGUGACUACUGUUUUGUGCAGAACAUGAAGAGUAGUCGGAGUGAGCCAGACCUCUACAAUGACCCUCCACGAGGCACACUAAGGAGGAAUCAGAGUGGAAGCCGAGUGAGUCACAAGACCAGUCUACAUCGUAACAGCCUCUACAGCAAUACAUGCAACAAUCAGGAAGGAAUUACAACCCUCACAAGGUCAAAUAAGAGAAUUCCAAUCCGUGCCCCCUCUUGCUCUUUUGCUAACAAGCAAGAUGCAGUCUAUGCCCAGCCUGUUGCCAGCAAGCCUGAUGCAAUCUAUGGACAAGAUCGUUCCAAAAUAUGUCAUGAUGAAGUGGAUUAUGGAGCAAUGACCAUUCAGAAAGCCAUUCAACUCCUGUGUUCCUCAGAUGAGAAGAAUCAGGCCAUGGGUGCUUACUACCUCCAGCACACCUGUUUUCAAGAUGAAUCUGCCAAGCAAGAGGUUUACCGACUUGGAGGCAUUGCCAAGUUGAUUGAACUUCUGCGCAGUUCAGAUGAAAACGUGCAGCAGGCUUCAGCUGGGGCCCUUCGAAACUUAGUCUUCAGAAACCCAGCUAACAAAUUAGAAACCCGCAGGCAGAAUGGAAUUCGAGAGUGUGUGAAUCUCCUGAGGAGGACUGGGAACACCGAAAUACAGAAGCAGUUGACAGGAUUGCUCUGGAACCUGUCCUCCACUGAUGAACUGAAAGAAGAUUUGAUACACGAUGCUCUUCCAGUUCUGACUGAUUGUGUUAUUGUACCUUUUUCUGGGUGGUGUGAUGGUAUUAGCAAUAGUAGAUCAAGAGAAACUAUUGACCCAGAGGUUUUCUUCAAUGCCACUGGCUGUUUAAGGAACUUGAGUUCUGCAGAUGCUGGACGUCAAACCAUGAGAAACUAUCCAGGAUUGAUUGAUUCUGUGAUGACUUAUACCCAGAAUUGUGUAGCAGCUAACCAGCCAGAUGAUAAGUCUGUGGAGAACUGUAUCUGUAUCCUUCAUAAUUUGUCCUACCGCCUGGAUGCUGAAGUGCCAAAUAAAUACACCCAUCUUAACCACUUGGCCAGAAACACUCACAUGAACAGAAGCUUGACAGGCUGCUUCAACAACAGAGGAAAGCUAGAGUAUGAUGAAUAUAAUCUGCCACUUCCUGAAGAGGACUAUAAACCUAAAGGUUCCACCUGGCUGUAUCAUUCUGAUGCCAUCCGCACCUACCUGUCUUUAAUGGAAAAAAGUAGAAAAGAUGCUACCCUGGAGGCAUGUGCUGGAGCUCUCCAAAAUCUAACUGCAAGCAGAGGAAUGAUGUCAAAUGCAAUGAGCCAACUAAUCGCCUUAAAGGAGAAAGGGCUGCCCCGCAUAGCACGGCUCUUGCAAUCCAGUAAUGCUGAAGUUGUCCGAUCUGGAACAUCUUUACUGAGCAACAUGUCCCGACAUUCUAUUCUCCACAAAACCAUGGCUCACCAGGUGCUUCCAGAUGUGACUCGCCUUCUAGCCCUCCAGGCUCCAGGAUCUAGCAACUAUGGAGACAUCAUGACAUCAGCUUGCUAUGCCCUGAGGAACUUAAUCAUGUACAACCCACAGAUGGCCAAGCCCUACUUGACUGGCAGUUUGAUAAAUAAUGUAGUAGGCCUGUGCCGAAAUGGAUCUUAUCCCAAAGCAGCUGAAGCAGCUCGAAUGCUGCUAUCUGAUAUUUGGUCAAAUAGGGAACUCCAAUCUGUACUAAAACAGCAAGGAUAUGACAAGAACAUGAUGGGAUCCUUAACAGGAAGCACUUUAAGGACUCUGUCUUCCAGAUUCUAGGAGACUUUGCCUGUUUGGAUUGCAGAGCAUGUCACUGGUUCCUGUCUGGAGUCUUCAAUCCUCAUGGAAUUAGUUAGGAUGUUAAAAGACUUACAGUAUUUGGAAAGUUCAACUAAGUUGUAAAAUUAGGGAUGAAAAUUGUAUUGUCUGAUAUAAGUAUCUUAAAAUGUUUUAAUGGAUAUUUUAAAUAUAUUUUUCUCUUUUGUUAAACUGGGAGGCUGGUUGUUAAUGUUAUAUAAAAGCCAACUUACCAAAAAUUGGGAUUUAUAGUUUUGAAUGACAUACAUAACAACUUAGGCAUCUACUUCCCUAACCAAUAUCAAGUCAAUAUAUUAGGGAAUGCUAAGGAAAUAAUGCCUAACUGCAACUUAAUUUGUUAAAAAAGCAUGAUUUUUUUUCUAUGUGUGUACAUUUUUAGCUAUCAUUUUGGUAGACAGGCUACUCCUAAUUUUGGAUCUCUAGAUAUUGUUGGUUAACCAUUCUCAUCAUCCAAGAUCAAUAAAGAUGCUUUGAAUGAUGGAGGGCCCUUGGGGAAAAAAUUGGCAAAGAGAAAAACAUAGUUUUAUUUGAUUAUUGUCAAAUAAAACAUUCAUGUUCUCUCCCUCUUCUUCCGUCCCCUCCCUCCCUUCUCCCCUCCCCCCCUCUCUUCUUCCCUCCUUCCUCUUUCCAAAAUAUGCUAUUUGGGAAUAUUUUCCAUAGAGUUCAGUGGGGUUUACUGCAAUAGAAAUGCCUACAGAAUGGCACCCUAAGGCCAUUUUUCUACAGCCAUAGGCCUUAUUGGUGAAUAGCAGAUAUCAUUUUUUAUUCAUGCCCAUAUCAAUUAAUUUCUGUAAAAUUAGUAACAUCUAACAUGUUUAUUUCAUUUUUCAGUAGCCAUUAUAUAUAUAUAUAUAUAUAUAUAUAUAUAUAUAUAUAUAUAUAUAUAUAUAUAUAUAUUUAGUGACACAUUAUAUCUUUUUAUUGAUGAAUUUCUAUUCCCUCGAUGCCUCAGUAAGGGAACCCUCCAUUGCAACCCCCAGAAUUCUGAUAAUACCAAAUAGAGGGAGCCUGUCCAAAUUUUGUUUUCAUGGGUUCCCUUCUGCAUUCAUUCUUUUCUCUGCUUUGCUUUCAUAUUUCUAAUUAUUGCUAGACUUUUUUCUCUGUAGAUCCUUUAGAUGUCAAGAAGCAAAUUCACAUAAGAGAGGUUUCUCCUGAAGAGGUUCUUAAUCUUUGUUUUUCUGCUAUAUAUGAACAGAGUUCCUUCCUAUAGAUUUCGAAAAUACCUUACUAGAUUUACCCAUAGCUACAGACUUCUGUAUGACUCUCAGAUAGUAUGUCUCACAAAAAUGUAUCUUUGCUUUUUUAAAAAAAAACUUAUCAGCUGAAUGUGCCUGCCAAGAUUAUAAACUCAGAAAGAAGAUAAGAGAGGUAAUUUUAUCCUUUCAGUGUCUUAAAUGGAAGCCUAAUGAAAUUAUGUUAUUAACAAGUUAUUAAAUAAAUAGACAGGAUUUUAGUACAUUGCAAUGUUUCUGAUAGUUCAUCUUGACUAAUGGACAUGGAUAUGAAAGGAAAAUGAUAGCAUUUUUUUAUUUUUUAAUAAUCCAACUAUUAGGAAUGUCCUUUGUUUUCCAAAUAAUAUUUCAGUCUUUUGUCUUCAUGAAGACAUUCCAUAAGAGAUAAAGAGAUAAUGCAUAAUCCAGUGAUAUGAUGUUAUUGUCCUUUGCCUUGUUGUUGAAAAUCUUUAUUCAGAAAUGAAUGUCAGAACGUUAAUAGAGCCUUGCCUAGCUUAAUUUGCUAUUUUUGCACUGGCUUAUCAGAUAUUGAUAGGAACCCCACAAUCGAGACAUGAACCCAAGAUUGCUAUUUCAUAAAUGUUCUUCAGCAGUUAGUAUAUAAAAGUACUGUGAUACUUAAAAUAACACAUAACCUUUAUGACUAGCUGUUGUUCGUAGUGUUUUAUAUGUUAUAUCCAUGAACAUAUAAAUGUUAUAUCCAUUUAAUUUUUUUACAAAAGUAUUGAAUUCACAGUCAUAAAUACUGGGUCUUAAGAUAGCUGAUUCUGUAUGCUGCUUCCUUUUAUUAUUUGGGGUUUUCCACAAUUCAGCAUAAAAUAAUUUUCCUUAUCAAAACAGCUUAAAAAAAUUGGAAAAGAUAUUGGAAUUCAGUAAACUUGAACUCAGGAGAAUAAGUUAAAUAUAUUCAGGAUGGAACAGAGGAGUUAUUAGAAAAGUGAACAUUGUCUAAAUUUAAAUAAUGUAAGGAAAUGUGUUCUGAAUAGAGAAGCUAAAGCCAGCAUGGAAUCAGGGAUUGGAGAAAGCACACAGCGAUGAAGUUUGGGAAAGGACGAUCAGGUGAGAAGAAGGCUGAGAGGAAGGAGACUGAGAUAGGUAUAAAAAUGGAGAAAUAAUGGUGCCUUGGAACUGCAACCAUGAAGGAUUGGAAAAUUUACAUAUCAGUUUGAAAUAACCAAUUAAAUCUUUUGACAGCAGAUAUCUGUGUUGACUGUAUUCCGUUUUAAUGAGAUCAAUCAACAGUAAUUAGUUACAUCAAUAUAAACAAUCAGUACCAAAUUUAGAGACCCAGGAUAAAAUUGUUCCUUAGAGGUCAUGGAGUGAAUAUGAUUACAACAGCUCUUGAAAUAAGAACUACCCAUCUGACAUAUAUACUGUUGUUUUAGCACAUCCUGGGAAAUUUAAAUUGUGGUGCUGAAAGUUGUCUCAAAACACAGUGAGGAAGGCCUGGAGCAGGUUUGUGGCAAUGCUGGUUUUGGUUAGGAAUGACAGCAGUUCAUACCAAUAAACUAGUAAUAGGCCUGCUGACACUUUCUUACAUAGGAACAUAUAAUUAGGUAUCCACACAUCAGAUUGGUUAGUAAGCUUCUAAAAACAUUAUUUCAAAACCCUAACAAUAAUAAGAAUAAUAUUGGGAUCCAAAACUGAUUCGCAAUUCUGAAUUUAAAGCAGAAUUUGAUUCUUUUAGUCAAUGAUGAAAUUAGCAUGAACUAUCAUUGCUAUCCAAGUAUCCAUUGCUACUUUUAGAACAAAUUUUAUAAUUGUUUAAUUCAUAUGAUAAGACUUUUAUAUUACCAACUGCAGUAUUUAGGACAACCUUCCAUAAUGGCUUAAUUAAUCCUGUAACUUAUAGUGAAAAGAAUCUGAAGAGUAUGGGGAGGGGGCUUAAUACACUGGAACAAUUAUAUCAAAAGCUUUGUUUCGCUCAUACCACUGAGUCUUUUUCCCACUUCUGCAUGCAGUUAAAAACAUAAAUCUGUUGUACAUAUAAUUUGUGAUUGGGCAAAAUUGUUUAUGGAGACCGACCAAACAUAACCUUUGGCCUGACUACAUAAAAGCCAAAUGUAAGAGGCAGUAAUGGUAUGGGAUUUGACUAAUUGUAAAUAAAUGCUAGUUGCUAUAAUUUCAACAUAGAAAAGGCACCUAUUUUUUUCAACAGGGCUUCUUUGUUUUAAGCCUUGUAAAAAGCCAAUAAAAUGAUGUAUUAAAUGUCCAGUGCAUCAUUUCAGAAGACUUGUGUACACAAUCAAAACUUUUGCUAACAUUUUUGUUGUAAUAUUUGCAGUCCUUUUUCUAAUACCUAUGCAAAACUGCAUGAACUAUUCUGUAAAAUACAUGUGCAAGAAUCCCAUAUUAUCGUUGUUUUUCUGGUACUAUAUGUGUAUUUGCUUCAUUGGAACAUCUAAAGUCAAUAAAGUACUGAAAGGUCUCUUAAUUUUU